CCUCAUAGAAAUGAAUUGGGCAGCGGUAACAACACUCGCAUUGUGUACGCGUGCGCUGGGACACAGGUGGCGUACAAGUGCGAGCAGCGCGUCUGGUGCUCGCGCACUGGGAAGCUACCUUGCCCGCCCCGGUGUCACGCGAUCGGCGCGCGCAGGACUUGGACUAAUUACACCGGCCCCGCGCCCAAACUUUCCAGCAAACAAAUACAAAACUUCCAUUAGAAUACAUUGCAACGCUCAACGCAACAAAGCAACGCGUCAGCUCAACUGGUCCGUUGUCAGCGGCCUCGGUGACACCACUUGGCCGCGCCUCAUUGCUGACACGCCCUUUGCAUGGCUCGUUGGUGCAAAAUUUGCAGCCACUUAUUACUCCUGGUGCAAUCGUGCAAGCCUAAACACAUAGCUCGCCGACUGGGCCUGCACUUCUACAAUCGGCGUGCCAACGUAGCGAGGCCCAAACAUAAAGUACCAAACAUUGCCCCGUAGCCUCGCGGGACCCACCCACCCCAACAUGUCUCAGCUUACUCGACUACUUAGUGAGCUCAAGCCUAUUCGCACGACGCUGGCCCCAGCUGAGAUGGCGCCUCGCCUGCAACCAACCAGCUCGGUGUGGUCAACACACGACUGCUGUGCCUCUACGCAACAUGGCAGCGUCAGUGCUUGCAGCAUCGUCACCGUGGCAACAGCGACAACUGCGUGUUUCGACGAUGACGCCUACGACGAGUGUUGCCAGACUCUCUCGGAGACGCUUUGCGACCCAACGCUCUGGCAGUCCGUGCGGUGUCAGGAAGCUCAAAGCCACCAGGCCAAGUCCUCGCAGCUUGGGUCGCAGGAACAAGGUCCUGCUGUGCUGCGCUGUGCUGUGGUCGCUGGCGGCACCAGCGUGGCGGUGGUGGACAGGAGUGCACCUUCAGCCUCCACUCGGCAAACCAGCCAGUGCGGUGUCUCCACCCGGCAAACCAGCCAGUGCGGCGCUAACAGCCCAUGCCGACCGCCCGCGUCCGACUGGAGCGACAGCUACAUCGACGUGGCCAUCGACCACGCCUGCAUUUCAAUCGCGAGCCCCUCGCCAGCUGUCGCGGCGACCGCGUGUCGUACGGGCGCGGUGCAGCAUCCGGCAUUGGGCAGCGGCGUCGCUGGAUGUGCUGGCGGACGCCGUGUCGCCAGCACAGGCCUCUUCCACGCGCAGCCGUCGCAGCAGCAGCCCCAGCCUCACACGCAGCAGCAGCAGGCGCACCACCGGCACCCCAUGCAGCUGCCCGCGCUGUAUGGGCUAUGCCCGCAGCCGCAGCUACACCGCCAUACCUACCUGCACACCUACCACCCUGCCACCGCCACCACCGACACCAGCUCCCGCAUCUCGGCUGUGCGGCGGUUGCACACCCGCACCGACAUCUCCUCGCCCAUCCCCGUGCCCUCGCCCCUGCCCGGGCUCACGCAGCAGCGGCCGCGCCCCUCGGCUGAGCCCUUCAUUGACCGCGCGGAGGACGAUGCCGUGGUGCUCCAGCAGCGGCGGCAGCGGCAGCAGGAGCUGCAGGAGCAGCAGCGGCAGCGGCUGCUCAUUGAGGAGGAGGCCGACCUGCUGCUGCUCGAGCUCGAACAGCAGGAGCGCGAGGAGCAGCAGCAAAAGCAGCAGAAGCAGAAGCAGGCGGCAAAGCCGGUGCCGGAGCGGGCGCCUCGGGACUGGCGUGAGAACAAGAUGCUGCUGGCGGUGAUGGGCUAUUACAACGCGCACCGGCAUGAGAGGGCGAAGCGCGAGUCACUCUCUGGCCGCCCCGCCGAGCCACAGCGCGUGGUCAUGGGCUUCGCGCUGUAGUACACGUAUAACACGUGCUACGGUGCUGAAUGUUUUGGAGUGCUACCGCCGACACGGCUUUUGCAGUGACUCGAAAGGUUGGUUGUCGGUGGAGGGACGUCGUAGAGGGAAUAGAAAGCUUUUUGCGUCCAGGCCAAGCGGGGAAGCCUCGAAGUGCUGGGGAGCUCGUGCCCCACGAUGGCCCCAGUGUUGUUGUCAUGCGGAUAGUAUGCGGACGGCGCGGCUGCACACGGCGCCCGCGUGUCCGUUGUAGGAGCUGGGAUACGUGAGCGCUAAUUUCUAGGCAGGCUGGAAAGCACUAGCGCGCUCGGUGCCUGUGGAAUGAGAGGAAGUGAAAGAGAGGCGUGGAGAGAGCAGAGUCGAGACGCGCAGUCAGUCGUGUGAACGUGGCUAACCAGGCAGGAUAAACAGUUGGUGUUGCAUCUUGUAUAAAAGUGUGUUAUGGGCACUAGACAAGCCCAUCCGCUUACCAUAAACUUGUUGAUGCUCGGGGGGGUGGCGUUGAUGCCACAUGUGUUGCGAUGCGUCCGCACCAUUUCAUAACCAUGCGCAGGAGACAGUUCCUCAGUCGUGCUGGCCUAUGAAUUUUAGUGUGUAGACAGUUCACAAGGUUCGAUGUUUCAUGUCACGCUGUGGGACUUGUACAUGCAUGUCUUACUAGCGCAUAUGGCAUACCGUAUGCGCGUGUCGUUGAGAGGUUGGCUUGCCGGGGUUUGCAUUUGCGAGCCGUUCGUGUUACGGGUUACAAAGCAAUGAUGGUGGCACUGAACGAUGGUGUAUGGCUGUACGAGAGCUGAUAUGUGUGGCAGUGUGUGGGUAUUCUUUCGCAGCUUUGCAAGGCUAUAGUGCCCGAUGCACAAAUGUGCAGGCGCAAAGUGUUACCAGGUCGAUGAAAGCAUCAGCAGCUGAGGUUGUGUAACAUGACAGAGUU